AACACAGUCACAGCCAGGAUGAAGCUGUGCAAAGUCUUUCUGGAGAAUGAGUUCCAUGGGCAGCUGCUGAGCCAGAGGUGGACAAAAGGUGACCGAGUCAGCAGCUGGGAGAACAAGAGGAGCAAGAGAAUCAAAAUGAGCCAAGACACAGAAGAGAAGAGGACGCGGACUCGCUCAAAAGGCAUCAGAGUUCCUCUUGAGCUUGUGGGACAAGAAUACAGCUGUCCCACUCCUGGAUGUGAUGGUUUGGGUCAUGUCAGUGGAAAAUAUGCUCGACACAGAAGUGCACUGGGUUGCCCAUUGGCCAAGAAAAGGAAACUCCAAGAAGCAGAAGAGAACCAAGCAGCCGCUAAGAAGAAGCCCAACCCCCUGAAGCUGGCAAUGGACGAUGGGUUCAAUGCAGACAGUGACACAAACAGUGAGACUGAACCAAAGGAUGAUGCAGUGGAGUCUGAUGAAGAGACUACAGAAAAAGAGGAGGAGCCUAAGAAGAAGGAGGAGGAUACAGCAGAGCCUUUGGCAGUCGUUGCUCCUUCAGCGGAAGCCUCACAAGUUGAAGCUGAAGAUAAACCAGAAGAAGUCAAAAAUAUCCCGACUCCAGAGCCUGAAGAGGAACCGACAAAAGAGCAGAUAGAGGCUGAAGCCACACCCAUCCAACAAGUCACAAUGGAGACAGACAAUGCAGAGGGGCUUCAAGUUGCUGAGGAGAUCCAAGCAGGCGAGGAAGAGGAUGGAGAGGGUGCAGAAGAAGAGAUGACAGAAGAAGAGAGGAUGACUCAACAGCUAAAAGUGUCUGAUGAGCCCAUGCAGAUAGCAGAAGAAGACGAAGAAGAAGAUGGUGAAGACGAUGAGGAGCAGGAUGAGGAAGGCGAGAGCCAGUGCUCAAGUCAGAAAAACAAUUCGGACCACCAGUACUUCAGCGGAGACUUCAACAAAGUCCAGGCCAAAGAAGCUGAGGAGAAGACGAAUAAUCAGGAAGAUGAUGUAGAUGAGGAAGAAGAGGAAGAGGAGGAAGAAGAGGAGGAGGAGGCCCAAACGAAGCCUAACCACUCCCCUAUCGUCCCAGAAAACAGCUUUCCAACUCAGGUAUCAGAACCAGACGCCGUGAUCAAUAGCGAAAAACCAGACACUCUGCUAACUGAUGAGGAAGAAGAAGAGGAGGACGAAGACGAGGAAGAUGAAGAGGAAGCACCCAACAAAGCCUCACCCACAGUAGUCAUAGAGCUGCACUCUGAAGGUGAUGAUGAGGAGGAUGAAGAUGAAGAAGAGGAUGAAGGAGAGGAAGAAGUGGACGAAGCAGAAGAUGAAGAGAUGGACAGCGCGUCCCAUAGGUCAGAAGUCACAGACGAGUCCGAGACAUACGACAUGACGCGAGGGAACCUGGGGCUGCUGGAGCAGGCCAUCGCCCUGAAGGCCGAGCAGACUGGACGCAGCUCUGAGGAGAGCUGCUCUCCGGAGCUACAGAGCUACCACAGUCUGGAAGAGAAAAGUAGCAAACUGCCAGAUCAUGCAGCACGCAGGGGAUACUACAGUAAAGAAGGUUCCAGAUCAGAGAAGAAAGAAGUGAAAUGCCCCACCCCAGGAUGUGACGGGACAGGUCACGUGACUGGACUGUACCCUCACCACCGGAGCCUUUCUGGGUGCCCACAUAAGGACAGGGUCCCACCUGAAAUCUUGGCCAUGCAUGAGAACGUGCUGAAAUGUCCAACACCUGGGUGCAAUGGUCAAGGCCAUGUUAACAGCAACCGCAACACACACCGCAGUUUAUCUGGCUGCCCAAUCGCUGCAGCAGGAAAACACUCAAAGAGUUUUGAGAAGCAAGUUCAGGCCCAGGCUUCAGUCAGUGAGCAGUCUGUUGGAGGCUCUAAAUCAGACAGAGUACUCAGGCCCAUGUGUUUUGUGAAGCAGUUGGAGAUUCCUCAGUAUGGUAGCUACAGGCCUAAUGUGGUGCCAGCCACCCCUCGAGCCAACCUGGCGAAGGAGCUGGAGAAGUACUCCAAGGUGUCCUUUGACUAUGCAAGCUUCGACGUGCAGGUGUUUGGCAAGCGCAUGCUUGCCCCAAAGAUGCCCACCAGCGAAACCUCACCUAAAGCCUUCAAAUCAAAACCAUUUCCAAAAGCUUCCUCCCCAAGCCAGAGCUUAUCUGGAAGCUAUGCCAAGAGCAGCUCCUCCUCCACCUCCAGCGGAUAUGACUACUCCCAUGAUGCCGAGGCUGCUCACAUGGCCGCCACUGCCAUCCUCAACCUGUCCACGCGCUGCUGGGAGAGACCAGAGAACCUUAGCACCAAGCAUCAGGAACAGGCCAGCAAGGACAUGGAGAUUGAGGUUGAUGAGAACGGCACACUAGACCUCAGCAUGAAGAAACCCAAGAGGGAGGGUGUGAGGUCACCUGACCCUUCAUCAUCAUCCUCAUCAUUCUCACAACAGCACGGAGUCACCUCGCCUCACUCUGGCCACUCCUACAAGGUAGAGGAGUGGGAAGGGCCUCUCGAUUACACCAAGACGAGCCGACAGAAGGAGGAGGAGCCUGAGGAGGUGGAUUACACUGUACAGUCCCACACGUCCUCUGAUGGAGAAGAUGAUGAUGUCACGCAAGAGAGUCUGGAGGACAGGAAGUACCCUGGUGAGGUCACAACGUCCAGCUUCAAAGUCAAGCUCCCAUCCAAAGACGCCAAGAAAGAUCUCCUGAUAUGUCCCACCCCAGGAUGUGACGGCAGUGGUCACAUAACAGGGAACUAUGCAUCUCACCGCAGUCUCUCUGGAUGUCCUCUUGCUGAUAAAAGUCUUCGGACCCUCAUGGCUGCCCACACUGGUGAACUCAAAUGCCCCACGCCAGGCUGUGACGGAUCAGGACACAUCACUGGAAACUAUGCCUCACACAGAAGUUUGUCUGGAUGCCCUCGUGCCAAGAAGGGAGGAAUAAAAAUAACCCCCACCAAGGAUGACAAGGAAGAUUCAGAGCUGAUUAAGUGCCCAGUGCCUGGCUGUGAUAGUCUUGGUCAUAUAAGUGGGAAGUACGCCACCCAUCGCAGUGCCUACGGCUGCCCACUGGCCGCACGCAGACAGAAAGAGGGCCUGCUGAACGGCACACCUUUCUCCUGGAAGUCCUUCAAGUCAGAGGGUCCCACCUGCCCCACCCCGGGAUGUGACGGCUCAGGCCAUGCUAAUGGCAGCUUCCUCACGCACCGAAGCCUAUCAGGUUGUCCUCGAGCUUCUGCUAACAAGAAGAAAGCAAGGUUCCCUGGAGAUGACUACAUCAGCAAAAAAUUCAGAGCAAGUGAUGUUCUUGAUAAUGACGAAGACAUAAAGCAGCUGAACAAAGAGAUCUGUGAGCUCAACGAGUCGAAUUCAGAGAUGGAGGCAGACAUGGCCAACCUUCACACGCAGAUCUCAUCAAUGGAGAAGAACUUAAAGAGCAUGCAGGAGGAAAACAAACUCAUUGAAGAGAAAAAUGAGGCCCUGUUCAUUGAGCUGUCUGGCCUGAGCCAGGCGCUGAUCCGCAGCCUGGCCAACAUCCGUCUCCCUCAGAUGCAGGAGCCCAUCAGCGAGCAGAACUUCGAUACCUAUGUGGACACCCUGACCCACAUGUUCUCCAACAAGGAAUGCUACCAGAACCCGGAGAACCGAGCAUUGCUGGAAUCUAUCAACCAGGCCGUCAAAGGCAUCGAGGUGUAAAUACAGCAGCGGACAGUGAAAGCAAACAGACGGCUGGAAGGAGCAUGACAACCGCGAGACACUGUGGGUUGUAAAAACAGACCAACAAUACUUUACGUACUGUUUAAGGACAUCCAGGUUUUGUAUGUGACAGCCCUGAGGACGAGGAGCGCUGCGGAGUUUAGAGAAAAAGGACCAAAUUCAAAAAAUCCAGUUUUGCUGCUUUAACAUUUCAACAACAACCCAGAAAAAACCUACUGUGGCGCUUAGACACAGUCUGUAUUCUUCUGGGUUAUUUUUGGACAUCGCCUCUUAUUAGCAAACCGCUCGCACCUGUCCCGAUCUGCCUUUCUUACUCUUCUCAGCGAAACGGAGGUUGUCAUGAACAAGCUGUGAGAUUGGUGUGCGUGUGUUUGUAUGUAUAUGUGUGUGUGUUUGACAUUUAAUGUCCAAUGGUACUUUCAGAAUUCCUGGCGUCCCCUUUAUGAGUCAUGAUUAGGAAGCAGCACUGCUGUUGUUUGUACCCUGUAUGAUGAUGUUGUCUCAUAUUUGGUGAAAAAAAAAUUGUUCGGGUCCCAUUUAGAAAUGCUCAUAGUAUUUGAGAACAUAGAUAUUGCACUUCCAUUAAUAGGUUGUAGUUCCAUUAUCAUAUUAUUAUUAUUGUUAUUAUAAUUAUGACUAUUUAAAUUCUUGAUAUGUAAGUUUACUUUAUUUAUUCAUGUUUGGGUGUUUAUUUUUAUUAUUAUUUUUUGGUUAUUUAUUCAUCGGUGUCUAUUUAUGAGCUUAUUUAUUUUACACAACAAAAAUUCUAUAAGCAGCUUUUUAACAGUCAAUAAAAUCAGAAUAGUUGCCCUCUGUGUUGAGAAAGGAGGCAAUAUUUUAAAAAUAUCCACAGCAAGCGUUUUAUAAACCUUCCUAUUUAUUUUAAAGACGGGGAUUUUUAAAUCUCUUUUUUAAGUGCAAAUAUUUUCUAUCAAUUUUUAUAUUAUUUUCUAAUAUUCUCUUUAAUUUAAUGAGUUUUGUUGUCCAUAAAAGU